AUGACAGUGUUCGAGUGGGAGGUUGGAGUAACUCGCGGGUUAGAAUUUCAUCUUUCAUAUUGUCAGCAAAGUUGUCCUUCUGAUCCCCAAACUAAGUUCAAGUACUCGACCGUCAAAUGCGCCCCUUGCUCGUGUUCCCAGUCCUGCUCUCUGUACGGUACCUGCUGUCCUUCCAAGUACCGAGACUGGGCGGAAAACAUUUUUAGCGUCGUAGACAGGAACCUGGAAAAUCUGACGACAGCGGAUCAAGAUGGAGAAGGAAUUUCCUCUGAUGACAAAAGUCUAUUUGAUAUCUUGCAGCGUCCUGACUGCUCGCGAUUAGAUUUCUAUCCCCACGACGUGUUCGCACGGGCAGUCUGUCCCGAGGGGGAAUCUAACGCCACGUUACGACACAUGUGUGAGAAAAGUCCGUGUGAUUCUCUCCGCGGUUGUACCCCCGUCCGACACAGAGACACCGGCACCGUGUACAAAAACGUGUUCUGUCUCGUGUGUAACACACUACACGUCGGCGACCACCACCACGGGCUCGGUGACCUUGGAGUGACCCCUUUCUACAACACCAGAGGCGACCACAAUACGGAAUAUGUUGAGGGGACUCUCGAAAUCACCUGUGAACAUUACCAGAUGUUGUAUAGCGUUAUGUCGGAGGAUGAACUGUUUCAUGAAUCCAGUGUCUGCGAGAGCGCCCUGUGUGCCCCCGGAAAGCAGCUGGAAGCCAGUGGCCAGUGUUCUACAGCCGUGGAUAACAUCAGAGGUCUCGGCUACAAGCUGGCAGUCACUCUGACACCAGACGACAUCGACAAUUUCGGCGAGGACCUCUUAACUCCCAUACGUCUUUUGAUGAUCAGUAGAUUAGAAGAUCCACUCAGUGAACAUGAAACACAAAUCAAUUUCACACUUUAUGUCAAAUCAUGCGAUGCUCAUGAAGCUAAUGACGUUCCAAUCCUAAAAUCGGUCAGUUUCACUUCGUAUAUCAUUAAUCGUAGUAAAAUGAGCAGAGACGAUACUGAGAAAAAGAUGCUAGAUAUGGUAAGUAAACAGUGGGAUGUGCAUGUUGAUUAUCUGAAUGAAACGUUUUUUACUCUCAAGCCAAAGAUUGUAGGCUAUAGUCUCCACGAGCGUCGGUCUCAUUCUGUGUCUCAGAACUGUAGUCCUGUAGAAUUGUCAUUCUUCAAACCUUCAUACCGUGCAGAAGUUUAUGGAUGGCAACCUAACUUUUCAUCGACAAUUAUACCUAAUGUAACUUCCAGUUCGCCACUCACUUUGCCUCAAGGCUACUUUGAAGAAAAAACUCUCGUUCUCACAUUUGAUUUUGCUGACUUUCACAGGUUUCCAAAGGACCAAUGGUCGAAUAAGAACGGCUUUAUUGACAUUACCAGUGCAAUCUUUUGCCCGUUUGUAGAAGUUCGUGUUCUAGAGACCUUAGUUCAAACCACAGAGCAGAUCACUUUCCGAAUUCGGUUCGAAGACAGGGUGAUCGAUGUCCUUUAUGAUAAAGAUAGUGUCACUUACGUGGACGAAGACACGAUCCACAUUUGUGUUGACAGGUUCAAAGAGCUCAUCAAACUUCCCAAGACACGCGCCAGUUCCUACGAGACAGCUGAGAGAGUCCAUUACUAUUUUGAAGUGUCUUGCUUCAGCGUGUCCACGGCUUGCCUCAUUCUGACGUUGUUGACGUACUGUCUGUUCCCUGGUCUCCGCUCUGUCCCCGGCAAAAACAACAUGGCUCUUUGCCUCUCCCUGGCCCUCGCCCAGAUCUCUCUCCUCGUCUCUGUUGAGCCCGGGGCUCGUGGAUGGCUCCCUCCCAUCGCGUGCGCGACCAACGCCCUACUGGUGCACUUCGCUUGGCUCUCAGCUUUCGCCUGGAUGAGUGUGUGUUGUUUCCACAUGUACCGGGUGUUCAGUUCUUCCACUGCUCCCUCCCACGUCUCUGCACACUCCAACAAGCGACGCUAUCGAUACUACUUCCUGAUCGCACACGGUUCCUCCUGUCUGCUGGUUCUCGCUACAGUUCUUGUCCACUUGUCUUUGACGGGCGGAUGCUCCUACGGCUACGACACCGUCACGUGUUUUCUGGACACCUCCGGUUCCGGUGUGUCGUUUGUGUUGUCCCUGCUGGUGCCUCUGUGUGCCAUGAUCGUGUGUAACACCGUCCUGUUCUCACUGACCGUGUGGCACAUCGUGCAAGUCACUCGUCUGCAGCAGCACAGCCGUGUGUCCGACAGGCGGAGGGUCAUGACCUACGUCAAGUUGUCCACUGUCACCGGACUCUUCUGGGCUCUGGCCAUCUUGUCUGUGCGGCUGGACUACACUGCCCUCAACUUUCUCACUUCGGCUCUCGUCGCUUUGCAAGGCCUGUACAUUUUUCUUUCCUUCACUGUCCAAAGGGCAGUUGGUUUGCUCUAUAAAGAACUGAUAUGGUCAAAACGUGCCCAAGAUAACAAUUCCAGACCUAACGAUCUCGAUGGCUCAGUGCCACAGCAACGAUAAAUGAUGGAGCUAUCGAGUAAUAUUUUUAGCAUGUCCCAAAACGUUAGCAGUGAGGGUGAGGAGGCGAGCUUGGACAUCAGUAAAACACAGUAAGGCAACUCCUUUACACAAGAGUUACAGUGAUUCUAGCUAGAAAUUUAAUCUUCCCAAAAAAUGGAGGCUGAUGAAGGCGGCCGCAAGUUUCCUUCUGUAGUGUCGUGGUUUUUUUAGUCAGCCAUGAUUUCGUAAUUUUGUUUCGUUUAUCCAGCCUUUUUUAUUUUUAACCAUUUCAAAACAUUCACAAUUGAGCUCUACUUCCUAUUAAUAAUAUUCUACUUUAUGAAAGUUAAUGUAAUAGGAACACAUUUUUUAUUUGCUUGAUUUUCGUUUUUUCCAUCAUUUCUUUUUCAACAUAACAUGGGGAAAUCGUGGAAUCUCCCCGGAUACCUCAGGCUAUUUGUUCGCGACUUUUCGGGGCGUCAAAGACAUGUUUUUAUUUCCCCAUUGACCUGAACAAUUUAGAUUGUUGGGGGAUGUUUCGACCCUGUCCUAGAUAGAAGAGGGACUGGGCUUUUUUUUUAGUUUAGUUUAGUACAGAGUUUUACUGCACUCGCAACCGUGUAUGGUCAUAUGUGUUGUUUGCAUUCACGGCCCAAUUCCGGUCAAUAUUCGAUAUAAAAUGCUAAAAAUUCGUGGUUAAAAAAUUCCUGUUUUAAAAUGAUAUUUAAAAUUUUAACAACGGUUUCUGCAAUUUACUGUCAAGGCCAAUGGCCGUUAUAAAAUCAAGAAUUCUGCUGGGAUCAACGACAAAGAACAGAACUUUUUUUUUUUCAUUUAAAAGACUUCUCUGGGGUCUCUUCGAGGUCUAGGCAUUUUGUUUAGAUAUACGUCUAAUGGUAAAAUCUGUGUCGCAUCCGACACAGAAUGGUUUCUCAUCUCCCUGAGGGACGUAUUUGUGUGUCAGGGAAGUGUGUCCGAAGCAUAAUCGAGUAAAAAUGACUUCGUAUCUUCUGGAGAGACCUGAAUAUUUUUGUGGACCCAAUUUGGGCAUGAUAUUGUGGAGUUUGCUGUUAAUGUGUUUCUUUCAAAUAUAGACACACAGUCCUGGAAGACAGACUGAGAUAGACACACAGUCCUGACAGAUAGACUGAGAUGAACACACAGUCCUAGGAGACAGAGUGAGAUAGACACACAGUCCUAGGAGACAGACUAAGAUAAACACACAGUCCUAGGAGACAGAUUGAGAUAAACACACAUACAUAGGAGACAGACUGAGAAAGACACACAGUCCUAGGAGACAGACUGAGAUAGACACACAGUCCUAGGAGACAGACUAAGAUAAACACACAGUCCAAGGAGACAGACUGAGAUAGACACAAAGACUUAGAAGACAGACUGAGACAGACACACAGCUCUAGACAUGCAGUCCUGACACUGGUGUACUCAAUGAACGUCCCCACACAGCAAUCUAUCUCACGUCUUAUGUGUGUACACGACAACACCAGACGUUUGACCUCACCUGAAAGAAAAAGAACAAACUCACAAACAAGCACACACACAAAAAAAUGAAAACCAAAAAAAACAAAAAC